AUGUCCUACGCCAACGUUGCUGCGCACAAUGCACCGCCCGCCGCUCUCCAGCCGCAGCCCGACCCCGCACUGCUCACGACCCCCGCGGACAUCGCACACGACGAGGUCGCGGACGAUACCGGCAAAGUGAACGUCGUCCCCCACGACUUUAAGGAGAACCCGACGACCGUGACCAGCGAGGCGACCGACUCUGCACAUAUCCCGCCGCCGGCACCGCCCGUGACCGUGAAAGGUCCCGCGCCGGUCCACCCCACCAAGAAGGAGAAGGCAAAGGGCAAGUUCGAGAAGGCCGAGGACGAGGCGAAGAAGAAGUUCUACGAGGCCGAGGAGGAGGGGAUCUACCUUUACCACAAGGCCAAGGACGUUAUCCUGCGCCCGCACGUUGCCGGCGGACUUAUCGGCGUUGUGAACCUCGGUCUCAUCGCUGCUGGUGGAUACUUGCUCUACAGUGAGCCCCGCUACAGGCGGGACGCACGCGCACUUGGCGCCGCAGCCGUGGGCUCGCUCGCUCUCUUCGGCGCGGAAGGUGCUCUCGCAGAAUCGUACCUCCAGACCCCAGAAGGCCAAGAGGACAAGCGCCGUGCUCUUGCUGAGGGAUCGUACCUUUACAAGACCGGUCGUGAACACGUCUUGCGUCCGGGUGUUCUCGGUGGUCUUGUCGGUGUCGUGAACCUCGGCGUCAUCGGCGCGCUUGGUUAUGUUGCGUACGACAACUGGAACAAGCCGCAUUGGGACAGGAGGACUGUCAGCGCCAUUAGCGCUGGUUUGAUUGCUCUUUGGGGCGGUGAAGGCUACCUUGCGUCGCGCCGCGACGUUCAAGAGAAGUUCCAGUCAUGA